ACACGCCAUUCCACCACCGAGUCAUUCUUACAUAACGCGACGGCGACGACCAUCCGGGCCUCGCACACGCGGGCAAUGUCUGCGGCGUGAACACGGCCGAGCUCACCGCUGCAGUCGAGACGAUCGGAACGCGCGGUGGGACGGGAUUCAUUUCACCUCAGGGACGGGCUGUCAUUGCUACCGGCGACCAUGGCGGUGACGAUGAACGGCAGUGCGUGGAGUUACGCUGUGCCGCUCGAGGAAACCGACGGCAAUGCCAGGACCUAUCCGUCGCACAAGGCCGAUUCCAGCGCGCACGCGCCCGGCGAGAGAAGCAGAGAGAAGCGUGCAAAGCCGCUGGAGCACAGAAGCAGUGCAUGGGACUUGCAGAGCGACACCGAAGCCACCAAGGUGCGGCGAACGUCGAUGCGUGUCAACAAUAGCAUUGCGGGCAGAAAGCGAUCACGGAACGCACUGAGGGACAAGCCGACUCAGCAGCAGCAGGGGCGGCCGGGCGACUACAGCGACGAUUCAGCAUGGAUCCAUCGCGACAAGCUGGCUCAGAUUGAAAUUCAGGAGAUGGCCGAGGCUGGCAUCUACGUGAUGCCAUCUCGAAGAUCUCAAAGUGCUGGGCCAGCACGCGAAGAAGGUCGUACCAGUCGUCCUACGAGUCGGUCAGCGUCUCGUAGACAAACCCAGGAGCAUGUAACUCAUGUCGGCCACGACGAGGAGUAUGCAGCAGCCUAUCCGUCUCAGCAGAAAUACGAGCAGACCCUCAAUCGUGUUGCCUCUCCUGCCUCUGCUGCCACUUCCCCGCCGCCCGAGGAGCCCCCGAGGCUUCUGUCUCGGUCAGAGACCCAAUACGAAGAUGCGCGCGAAGAGCUGCCCGAAAAGCCUGCCUACCAGUAUCACGAACCCAUGCCUGAGCCUCCGCCUCAGAAACAGUCGCAAAAUGCUCGACCAAGUACGUCUCGCAUACCAGUGUCACGAGUAAGUCCUGUUCCGGUGCCUCAGCAAGUCGUAGAGAGAGACUCUCCUGCUCCUCGGAGCCGAGCUGGCAGCCAGAGUGUCAGCGGCAGUUGGGAUGAGAUGCAGCAGUAUGCGCGCAAAGCGCGGAGUGGGAGUAUUGGUAGUGCUGUUCUCCUGGACGACCCCGAAUCGAAGCGAACUACACCACCAGGCAGCUCUUCGAACAAAGGCUCAUCUGCGGAUGAGAGUUCACCAAGGAAGGCGAAGUCGCCCAGGAAGGUUGCUCCGACGGCACGUAAAGGCUCUGCCACGGCCUCGACCAUUCCCCAACCUCGAGCUCCAUCAGCUUCUGCUACCAGACGUCCUGGGUCUAGUGCAGGACGUCCAUCCACAAGCCAAUACACUCCAGAAGGAGAUCCGCCAUGGAUUGCGACCAUGUAUAAGCCAGACCCAAGAUUACCACCUGAUCAGCAAAUGCUCCCGACUCACGCAAAGCGCAUGAUGCAAGACAAAUGGGAAAAGGAGGGCAAAACUGGCACAAUCUACGAUAAGGACUUCAACUUGCUGAAUGAGGAGGACAUGCGCCCUAAAAACCCAGCACCAUUAACACUUCACAUUGAUCGGGAUGUCAAUGGUCGCCUAUCACCUGCGAGAACGCCCUCCCCCAAGAAGAUGUCGCCCAACGGGUCGACUGUCGGCAAUGGCUGGCCGCUCAGUGCGAGGAGCGAAGCUGGCAAGAGCGAUUCUAGCAGCAUGAGACCUCGCACAAGUGGCGGAUAUAAGAUUACACCGACGAUCCCCACGACACCCACCAUGCCACGCUCUGCAGCACCAUCGCCUGCACCGCCUCAAGUGCCAAUGCAAGGCGAAGGUCACGACGCAAUCCUGCGAGUACCUGAACUUGAUGAGAAGCAGGAAGCAGCUCCAAAGAAAGGCUGCUGCUGUGUCAUCAUGUAAAAUCGCAUCGUUUUCCAAGCACGAUCCCAAACAACAUUUUCCUUUCUGCAAAUUUUGCAGACUAACGGCUGGCGAGCCAACGCCAUUUCGUACAUUUACUGUUUAUGAAAAGAAGAGUUCUCGAAUUGGAGCGAUCCGGAAUUCUUAAAAGAGGAUUCCAACUGUGUGAUAUUGCGAAACCGAUACUUACUGCUUCGAUUGCCAUACGACGGGAAUGGACAUGAGCACACAUACACCGCGCAGACGCAGCCACGGCUACACCAUCCACGACAGAGAGGAGAACGGACGAGCUGUGGAGCGGAUUUUCUGUUUGAUAGCGUUUCAGCGGCACAUAUCUGGAUCUUUCUGGCCUUACCCAUCACAUACUGCUCUAUACCACACCUCGGCCUAAUUUUCCAUCUAUGGCUUGUCUGGCGCGAUUGGAGUUUUCUUACAUGGAUCGUUGUAUUGUUCAUCUUUUGCCAGC